AUGGCUGAGCUCCACCAGUCAAAGACUGGAGACGUCCGAACUAGAGUGGACGACUACUUGAAUGACAAGAUCCAAACCGCGGCGGAUCUUGACCAGGUGGACUCUCUGCUACAACGAGUGCAAGAACAACAAGAUCUAUUGCGGAAGCAGCUAGAAGAUGCCAGAAAAGACCUUACUGAAGCACAAAAGCGGGUGGACGAGCGAUCCGACGAGCUGCGGACGAAAGCAGAAGCAUAUCAGACAGAGCAAGGGCAGCUGAACGAGCGGCUGCAAGAGCUUGCACGGUCCGAUGUCAGCGACGAUGCAGCGCAAAAGUUCGAAGCUCGGAUGAGCAAGGUCCGCAGUCUCGAGAUUGCUCAAGCCUACCUCGAAAUGGUCCAGCAAAUGAACAGGUUGAAUGAUGAAGCAAGAUCGACGCUAUCAGUCAAGGCAUACAGUCGGAUAAGAGCCCUUUGGACACACGUCCAGAAUGCCCAAACAGUCGCCGAAGGAGCCGCUCCUCAGCUUGUCUAUCUGUUCGAGCAGAUGUCAAAGCAGCUAUAUAACACUUUGAGAGACGCUCUGGAAGCGGACCUUCGGAAGACGCUAGAGCAGAUGAAAUGGCCUAGCAAGGAGCUGAACUUCUCAGGACACCUGCGCCAGAAAUGGGAGGAACAGACUCGACGACUUCUCGAGCUUCAGGAUCCAGACUUGAUUGAAGCGUUUGCGGACGUCGACAUUCGAAGCCGAUCUGCCGCUCCCGACCCGGUGGUGCUCCUUCCACUCGAAGUAAUGGUCCAACCUCUUGCGGUGAGGUUCCGGUACCACUUCUAUGGCGACAAGCCGACCAAUCGACUGGACAAACCAGAGUACUUCCUUACGCACGUCCUCGACGUCCUGGAGCGCCACAGCGGGUUCAUGAACGACAUGCUGGGCCCCAUCCUCGACGAAAGAGCAGUCAACUCGGAAGCCCUGGAAUCGAUCUACACCGAUGCCACCUCGGCGUUUAUCACUGCCCUGCUGCCCAUGAUUGAGGCAAAAUGCCUGUCGUUCCUACCACAGAUUUCCCGGCAACCACAAUUACUGUCCCACUUCCUGCACGAGCUCAUGGCGUUCGACACCACUCUUCGCGAGACAUGGGGCUACAUCCCCAUCCCCAGAAUGGUGGCCGAGUGGAAAGGAGUGACCUGGCGAAUGCUCAACACGCACGGCUAUUUCGACACGUGGCUACGAGUCGAGAAAGAUUUUGCCCUUUCCCGCUACAGAAGCAUCAGAGAUGCCCCGGAUAGCAAUGACAUCGACUUCGACGCCGAGUCCGGGCAAACGAAGCCCACGAAAGGCGCGAUCCGCGUCAACGACCUCCUUGAGACAAUCACAGAUCGAUACCGGAGCCUCUCCUCCUUCAGCCAGAAGAUGAAGUUCCUUCUCGAGAUCCAACUGUCCAUCUUCGAUGACUAUCACAACCAUCUCCACGGCGCGCUACAAGCAUACCUGGUGUCAUCUCACACGGCGGGCCGACUGCUCCAGGGCCAAAGCGAAGCCGAAGCCUUCGGGCUGAAAGGUCUGGAAUCACUGGCCAAGGUCUUCGGGAGCGCCGAAUUCCUCGAGCGCAAAAUGUCAGACUGGAGCGACGACGUCUUCUUCCUCGAACUCUGGGACGAGCUGCAAUACCGCGCCAAAGCAAAUAGUGGUGGCAAUGGCGCCGGCUCGGUGGGCACAGGACUGAGAGUCGAAGACGUCGCGGAAAAGACUUCGGCCACCAUCAAGGCGAACGGCACAGGCGACGACGACGAUGACGCGGAUCUCGAGGGAAGCGGUGGAAGCGGAUUGUUCGACCAGACGGCGUCGGCAUACCGCCGCCUCCGAGAGCGCAGUGAAGAAGAAAUGCUCCGCUUCUUCGACGUCAACCUGAAAGCCGCGCUGCGGCCGUACGCCAAAUUCGCGCAGUGGUCGUCACUUGCCGAAAUACCUUCGGAUCUGUCGGCCUUGCCGCCCUCGUCCAGCCUGGAUAGCUUUCUCAACACCACAGCCACCCUCCUCGGCUAUCUGGCCCGUGUGUUGGCUCCCGCUUCGCAACGCCGCAUCAUCAAGCAUUACUGCUUGGCGCUGCAGCGCGAAAUCUACGACAACGUCCUCAUGCACCACACGUUCUCGGCGGCUGGGGCGGCUCAACUUGCCAGAGAUCUCGCGGAGAUCAAGGCCAGCAUCGACAAGCAGAGUAACUUGCGGGCAGCCACGGGUGGGAAUCUCAAACGGCUUGAAGAGGCCGUCUACCUACUCUCGCUGAACGCGUCCAAGAGCGGAGGCAACGUUGAGGAAGAUGGUUGGGGCUUCGACGACGAGGAAGAUAAAGAAGGCACGGGAGCCACAGGCGGUGAUGACGACCCAAAAGGUUUAGGGUUAUGGGAGGCUGAGCGGUUGAUUUUCGAAAGCAAUGAAGCGGCACGGCAGGCGUUGGGGGAUUUGGGGCUGGUCCAUCUCAGCGAAGGAGAGGCGCGGAACGUGUUGAAGCGGAGGGUCGAGUUGAAUGGGUUGUAA